AUGAAAAUGACAAGGAUGGUGUUCGGGAUUUGGAAAUAUCCAUUAGAUGUCAUGUUGAUCAUGGCAAAAAGAAUUGCCUCCUACAUUCAUACGGUCGCUUGUCCGGAUUGGUUGUUCAAGAAAUUCUCCGAUUUGGUCGAUUUCAUGUAUGAAGAGAUUGAUCGACAAAGAAGUCAAUUAUCGGCUAGAUACUCUUGCCAAUUGGCUAUCACUGAGUGUGACUUUGAGUCUUCUGGUCAAAGCAAUUUGAAGGAACAUUUUGGUGAGAUCGAGUUGAGCGAAGAGGCGCGACAAGAAUUGGCCCAACUCCGGGAAAGAGACAGACGAAUGAAGCAGAGAAAAGGCACCAAGAUCACUCGACCGUCGAGGUUGAGCUGCGAAUUGUCACCAGUAGAUCCGAAUCUCAGAAAAGCUUCGCUCAUCUCGCACUCACCGGCAAUGGGUACAAGUCAACAAGCCGAAGAGGGCUCGCUAUCACAAGUGAUUGAGUACACAGCAACCCACGAAGCCACAUAUGCCUUCCAUUACUUAGACGAGAAUAAUAAGGUUCGAAAUGUGGAGGUUUUCAAUGUGGCUGAGGAGCGGCCUUGUUCGAUUAUGAGUCGAGGAAUUACUAAGUCGGUACCCGAAGAGAAUGAGGAAGAACUACAAGCGGAGUUGAUGGAAGCUUCCACUUCAAACACUUCAAAUCCUGUACCGAUAAAUUCUCCAGAGAAGAAAGGUGAUGAGAAUGAUUCCGGAUUGUCGGUUGAAGAGGGAAAUUCCAGUGGCCUCAAACGUGAUGCUUGUUGUUCUCCGGUUCGCCAUCUUUCCCAUUCGAGUACAAGGGGAUCAAGGACUUCUAUUUCAAAAAGAAGUCACUCAAUCGGCCAAACACAGAGAAAAAAUCAAGUGGUUGGGAUUCGAGAUCUUGGCGCAUCAUCGGACUCGGAUGGAGAAACCGGUGAGCAAUUCUUUGUCCCACGUGGUCGUCGAAGAAUGACUUCAGCCGAGUACGAGGGUGAACCUGAACAUAGCGAUGAAGAAAAACAA